UCUCGACGUCCUGCCUCAACUUUCCACGGGAAUGCGGCUUUAUUUCCCAGCUGAUCCCACCACCAGCCGGACUCUGAUCCAUGCCACACCUGAGUGAUUUUCCCAUCGGGGAAUUGGAAAGUGGAGUUUGAGAUUUAUCCGAACUUGGCGACUUUGAAAAAAAAAAAAAAGCAGAAAGAGAGCAGAGGAUCCGCAGGAGAAGGCAAAUCUCAGCACCUCAGCGGCAGGAUCGGAUGCGACUGUCAUAAUAAGUCGGUGUUUUUUUUUGCUUUGUGUGACUUUGCGAACAACACAGGCGCUAUGCUCAGCUUCCUCAGUUGUUUGCUUCUGAUGGUUUUCCUCGCUCCUAAUCUCAGAUGCAACGCCAAUCCAGGUCUUUCAGUGGAUGCUGACGGUCUGGCUGAGACUCACAGUGCAGAUUCACCUACAGCUGAAGGUUAUUUCCUGGAGUUCCAAGAGCCGGUCAACAACAUCACCCACUUCCAGGGCCAGACGGCUACGCUGCAUUGCAAGGUGACAGGAAACCCCCGACCGACGAUCCGCUGGCUGAAGAAUGACGCCCCAGUGGUCCAGGAGCAAGGCCGAAUCUCCAUCCGAAAAACAGAGGCAGGUUCCAAGCUUCGCAUCCAGGAUCUGGACACCACAGACACCGGCUACUAUCAGUGUGUUGCAACCAACUCUGUCAAGAUGAUUUCAGCUACGGGGGUCCUGUAUGUCAAACUAGGACAGUUGCCCACACAUGGCCCUGAUGAACCAACACAUGAAAAAGGUUUCUGCCAGCCAUACCGAGGCAUCGCUUGUGCUCGCUUCAUUGGCAACCGGAGCAUCUACGUUGAGUCCUUGCAGAUGCAGGGGGAGAGUGAAAACCGAAUCACAGCUGCAUUCACUAUGAUUGGGACCUCCACCCAACUAUCGGACCAGUGCUCCAGGUUUGCGAUCCCAUCCUUCUGCCACUAUGUUUUCCCUCUGUGUGAUGAGGGGUCUCGGGGUCCUCGGCAGCGUCAGCUUUGCCGGGAUGAAUGCGAGGCCCUGGAGAACGACUUGUGCCACGCCGAGUACAUCAUCGCCCGAUCUAAUCCCAUGAUUCUCAUGCAACUGGAGCUGCCCAGCUGCCACAUGCUGCCACAGCCGGGCUCACCUGAUGCUGCGUCCUGCAUGCGGAUAGGAGUACCCGCAGAGAAGCUGGGCCCUUAUUCCCCGUCAGACCACAGCUGCUACAAUGGAAGCGGAGCUGACUACAGGGGCACGGUCAGCACCACCAAGUCGGGGUACCUCUGCCAACCGUGGAGCGCCCAGUACCCCCACAGCCACCACCUUUCCCCGAUGGAGUAUCCAGAGCUGCGGGGGGGACACAACUUCUGUCGUAACCCUGGUGGCCAGAUGGAAGCGCCCUGGUGCUUCACCCUGGACCAUCAAGUCAGGGUCGACCUGUGUGACAUCCAGCCCUGCAAACCUCCAGAGAACCCAAAGAGGGAAAUCAUAUACAUCCUGAUCCCCAGCAUUGCCAUCCCACUGGUAAUCGCCUGCCUCUUCUUUCUGGUCUGUAUGUGUCGCAACAAGCAAAAGGUAUCGACUGACACCCCACCUCGCUGCCAGCUCACCGCCUUGCCCAACCAGGAUAUGGAGUUACCGCUUCUCACUCAGCAAAAACAUCAGGCCAAGCUGCGGGAGAUCAACCUGUCUGCGGUACGUUUCAUGGAAGAGCUCGGUGAAGACCAUUUUGGCAAGGUUUACAAGGGCCACCUGUAUGGCACCGCGACAAAUGAGCAGACCCAGGUGGUGGCCAUCAAAACGCUGAGGGACAAGGUCGAUGGGGCUCUCCGUGAGGAAUUCCGCCAUGAAGCGAUGUUCCGCUGUCGCCUCCAGCACCAAAAUGUUGUCUGCUUGAUAGGUGUGGUCACCAAGGAGCAGCCAAUGAGCAUGAUCUUCACUUACUCCAGCCUUGGUGACCUGCAUGAGUUCUUGGUGAUGCGUUCCCCCCACUCAGAUAUGGGCAGCUCAGAUGACGACAAGACAGUCAAGUCCACUCUAGAGCAGAAUGAUUUUCUUCACGUCAUCACCCAGAUUGCUGCUGGUAUGGAGUACCUUUCCAGCCACCAAGUGGUCCACAAAGACCUUGCUGCCCGAAACAUCCUGGUCUACGACAAACUCAGCGUCAAGAUCAUGGAUCUGGGCUUGUUCCGAGAUGUCUACUCAGCUGAUUAUUACAAUCUUAUGGGCACAAAACCAUUCCCCAUUCGCUGGAUGUCCCCUGAAGCUAUUAUGUAUGGCAAGUUCUCUACUGACUCCGACAUCUGGUCUUAUGGUGUGUUGCUGUGGGAGAUCUUCAGUUAUGGUCUGCAGCCGUACUGCGGGUACUCCAACCAGGAUGUGAUUGAGAUGGUGCACAGCCACCAGCUACUGCCCUGCCCGGACGACUGCCCAGCCUGGACCUACACCCUCAUGCUGGAGUGUUGGAGCGAAUUCCCAGCAAGAAGGCCACGUUUCAAGGAUGUUCACACACGCCUGCGUACCUGGGAGAAUCUGUCCAACUACAACAGUGCUGCUCAGACCUCUGGCACCAGCAAUACCACCCAGACCAGCUCCCUUAGCACCAGCCCUGUCAGCAACAUCAGCAUGAGUACAGCGAAUGCGUCACGCUACACAAGUCCCAAGAAGAGCUCACCGUUCCCCCAGCCCCAAUUCAUGUCCAUGAAGGGUCAAAUGCAUCGGCCAGUGGUGCCUCCACAGCUCUACAUCCCUGUCAAUGGAUAUCAGGCCAUGCCAGCCUACCCUUACCUGCAGAACUUUUACCCCAUGCAGAUCCCCAUGCAGAUAGCACACCAGCAGAUGCACCACCCGCCUCAAAUAGUGACAAAGCCUGCUUCACACCAUAGUGGCAGUGGGUCCACUUCUACCGGCUAUGUCACCACUGCUCCCUCCAACACUUCUGGCACAGAGCGAGCGGCUCUGCUCAACGAGGACUGCAAGGCCAAUGAUGAGGACUUGGCUGACGGGGCGUCCCAGAAAGAGCAAGAGCAAGAGCAAAAUGUGGACUUGUCAGUGCCAGAAACAGAAUUACUAGGUGACAAUGAUCCACAGACUGACAAGGUGGUACAUUCCUCAGAUGCCUAAGUGGUGUUUCACUUGAGGGACACUGACAUAAAAUCAAAGCUGAAAUACUGAGCAGAGUUUGCUCAGCAAAAACAAAAUGAGCAUAAAGUGAAGGGAAUAUUUUCAAGAAACAGUGACUGAAUGUUUUUUUAUGGAUUUAGCUGUUACUAAUGCAUUUUAAUGCAAAGUCUCAGGUUUGAAUCUCUCAGACCCCAGUGUCAAAAGUUAGGCAACUUUAUCCCUGCACAUUCCUUUUGAAAAGAGCAAGGAAAUGUAUUUUCAAGACUUCAGAAAGACUGUUGUGUGCUGACAUGGAGUUUUUUUUUUUUUUUUUUCACUGCGUCGCAAAGACUGUCAGAAGAAUUUAUGUUGUUACUGUUGCUGUGCAACCUGAAACAUUAUCUUUUCAACAAAUAUUGCAGAGGCUGCUUUGCCUUAAAAUUAAUUUCAUAGUGCUUUCUGAGAUUACUAUACUGUGGUUUUGUGAAAGAUGGUGUCUGAUGAUAACAGUUGCCAGGAUAACUUUGACAUGUGACAGAAUGUAAUAAACAGCCAUUUUGCAGGAGCAUUCAGCUUCCAAAGAAACAGUAUUUGGAUAUUACACUUUAACUUUUUUACUUUGAAUAAUUAUGAUACUACUCACUGAAAAGGAUGUUUUUAUUAAACUUACCUCUGUGUAACAAAACAAAAGGACUGUAUGACGAUGGUAUGACUUGGUGUUUCAGGAGAAUGGCCAAUGUUGAGAAUUAUUCCAUAUGACUGCCUUAUUGCCUACAAGGUUUGGAUGCUUUUUACCAUCGACUUUGAUACAGAUUUGAUUUGUAUUUUAUGUAAAUAGAUUUGAAACACUUUUAUCUGUUUUUAGUUUUUGAAUGCUAAGCCUGGUGUUAUUACAGUGUCCUUGUCACCAGAUAUUUGCUUUGUCUAAGCAGUUAUAACAUGCUAACCAUAUAUUGUUUACAUCCAUCCCCUGGAGUAUCCAAUAAAGUGA